CUCAGCAACUGGCAACUGCUGUUGUGUUUUGGCUGGUCCACUUUCUCAGGUUCCGCCCCUCCUCAUCUGCCCAAAAGAGUUUCCAACUAAGCAACCCACCACCACCUCCUCCGGCUCUGAUCUCCACGGAUAUGUGCUGGUACACCUGACUUCGGUGUAAGAUCCCAGAUUCCUACCGAGAUUAAGAAGGCUGCCCGAUCCCUCGAUCUGCUUUCUGCACUUCCCCACAUCGCUUCUCGAAAAGCUUCACCAGCCUCCGUAUCUCCAUACCAGCAACAAUAACAGUGGGGUCCCGACCCAGUUGGUUGCUGGGUGCUCCAAACCAGACUAAAUCCACGCUACUUUGACCGCCUCUCAUCCUGUAGCUAACACGCACUUCUUCAAAAGCCUCAGAGCAGAAAAAAAAUAGGGACAAAGCACUGUUCACCUGUUUCCCCGCCUGUCAGACCCUAUUUCCCCUUCUCCAUCGCUAUUUGGGGUUAAUCAAAUACGUCGAGCGCGUGGGGCUGUUCCCCCCUUUCCUUUUUUCCUUGCUUCCGGGCUUUGUUAAUAUCAACACACCUUCCCCACUCGAUCUUUCUUUCCUUCGAGGGCGCCGCCAUGCCGUGCUUCAAAGGCUUGGCCGUGAGCAUCCACACUCCGGAUGGCCCAAUCUCCGAAUACUCGAUCCAGCGUCAGUCGCGAGCAUCGCGCAUAGCUUGCUUCAUCCCGGUUCCUCCUCCUAAAGUCCCGGAUUCCAAGUCCAAGGGUAAACCCGAACAAUCGACCUUUGCAAUCUCCAUUACUCUCCUGAACCCCGGUCAGGAUGUGCCGUACUCGACCCCGAAGCCGACAGCCGAUUGCCCCUCCCCUACACCCAAGGUCGUCGGAGGAUUGCCGGGCCAGACCGGCGAGCGCGGUCAAUACUCCGGAUCAGUCGCACCAUACCAGGCAUUGACGAACUCUCCGAACGAAACCGUGGCGGCCUACAUCUACUUCGAUGGUAGACAAAAGGAAGAGGUGGCUACACUACUACGGAGAGGGGAAGAGACCUGGGUGAACUCGCGCUGGGUGAGCGUGCCGGACUCCGAGGGCGGCGGUAUCGCUGAGCGCGAGUUCCUGUUCCGCGAGGUUGGCCUGGAGCGCUGGCUUAAUGGGCUGGACCUGGAGGGCAAGGACGCCGCAGCCAAAAUCGAGCGACGACGACAGAAGAUGGAGAAACGCCGGGCAAAGCGCGAGGCGGAAGAUGCGAAUGGGAUGGAGGCGGAAGCUAGCAGCUCCAAACCCAAGGAUAUCAUGCGCUAUGGUAAUGACGAGAAGGCACCAUUGGAGAAUGUCUCUGACGACGAUUUCUCCUCUGACUCCGACGAUGACGACCCUAUUCCCGAGACCACCGGCCAGAUUAAGGUUGCUUUGUUCCGUGUGCUGGCUUCCGGCGAGAUCAAACGGGGCGAGUACUCUCCGCAGUUUGAUGCUCACGAUGACGACGAGGAAGGUGGUCAAGGAAAUAAUGGUAGCAACGGAGAUGCCGAUGUCGACCAUACGACUAGUUUUGCGAAGCCCAAGACACUGGAUCCUAAGUCCAUCAGCACCCAGACGGUGACUGGCAUUGAUCCUACAGAUAAGCCCUACGCCAUUUUCACUUUCAUGUACCGAGGCGAGCGCCAACUGCAAAAGAUGGGCAUAUUGAAAGACCCCAAGGUGCCAGAUACCCCCGCGGCUAAGCGGAAAUCACUGCAGGCGGACUUUGCCAAUCUCGGUCCCCUCAAGCCUGAAGGAACCGUUGGAUUCCUCAACUUCCGCGACCAUGACAGUGGUCGAAAGGGCAAAAAAGCCGACGAUGAGAUGGACAGCGACGAUGAUGAUACCGACAACCCCAUCUUAGGCAAGGCGGAUGAGGAGGAGGCCAAGGAUGACGAUCGCUUCCUCUCUCCUGACGAUAUCAAGCGCCAGGGAGAGUUGGCUGAGGGUGUCGAACGGAUUCGUCUUAAGCGUCAGCACUCUGCCGAACCGCUCUCUAGCGGUGGUGCUACUUCCAACGACACGCCUGCUUCGGGGACUACACCUCCUCCUGCUAGUAUUGGACGUUCCAUCACGCCGCCCAAGGCCACCCCUGUAAAACCGUCGGAACCUGCUCCCCCCUACCGGGGAUGUCACGGAAGCUUUCCUGGGCAUGUCUCGGGUGCGGAUGAGAAUGCCCUGCGUCGUCGGAUUGCCGAGUCAGCAGGCCGCAUCAACGAAGUUCUGGGAGAUGGCAGUGAUGGCAAGACGGCCAGCACCGGGUCCCUCGGCGAUAAGAUCGCCUCGCAGCCACCUGCCGCCAUUCCACAGAACGAAGACGAAGAGCUGUGA